AUGAAAUAUUUAUUAUGUUUGGAUGGGUCAAAAAAAGCAAGACAAGCUGUUGAAAGUACUUUAAAAUUUGUAAAUAAAGGUGAUGAACUAUAUUUUGUUUCUGUUUACCCACCACAUCCAAAUCCAAAUGAAAAUAAUGAACCGAUUGAUAGUUCUACGAUUGCAAAGAUGGUAAUUGAAAUGUUUUCUGGUGUACCCGAUUUAGUUGACCCAGAUGAAGAGAAAUUAGCAAAGAAUGAACAAAUUAUAAAUUCAAAUCAUAAAAAAGUGAAUGCAUUAGAAGAAUUUCACUAUUUUAACAAUAAGAAUUUAUCAAAUGAUAAAUGUAAAAUUCAUUAUCUAUUGGUUGCUUCAAAUGAUAUCUCUGGCUCAAUAACAGAUGUUGCAAAUAAAUAUGGAAUAAAUUGUGUUGUAUUAGGUUCAACUGGUACAAGUUUAGAAAAAUUAUUAAUUGGUUCCGUUAGUUCAAAAGUUCUCCGUACCUCACAUUGUUCAGUUUUAAUAUCACCCUAA